CCACACAUAAAAAAAAUGAAAUAUUUUUUUAUUAUUUUUAUUAUAUUUUUAUAUAUAAAUAAAAUCACUUGUAUUAAUAAUAAACCCUGUCCAUGUUCAAAUCAAAAAUUGUGCGAACCAGUAUCAGUAGGUUAUAGAAAAGAGUUUUUGGGUUUUUCAGUAAAUAAUACACACUACCCAUAUUAUGAUUGGGAUAUAUUAACAACAAUAGGUGUUUUUUAUGAUGAACCAAUAGAAGAUGAAUUACUUUGUUUAGCACACAGCAAAGAUGUUAGAUUAGUAUACUCUGCAUAUUAUCCAGUAGAUCAAUUAGGUAACUACACACAGAGAACUGAAUGGAUCAAUGAAAAAGUAGAACAAGUGGUUAGUACAUAUGCAGAUGGUGUAAACUUUGACGUAGAAGAUCCAAUAACAAAUGCAACAAUUGCUCAAUGGUAUACAGAAUUAGUAGAUGAAACCAAUAAAGCUUUUAAGAGUAUAAAUCCAUACUAUAGUGUAACCGUAGAUAUUGCAUGGUCUCCAAACUGUAUUGAUGAUAGAUGCUAUGACUAUGUUGGUUUAUCAAAGGUAAGUGACUAUAUGGUUGUUAUGGAUUACGACCUAAGAUCAAGAGUUUAUGGUGUCUCUGUCUGUACAGCUAGUGCCAAUUCACCACCAGAAUUAAUCAUUGAGGGUUUAUUAAACUUUACUAAGCUCGGAAUAUCUCCAGACGUAUUGGUUAUGGGUUUACCAUUUUAUGGAUAUAAUUACAGCUGCAUAAAUUCAAACAGUACCUUUGACUCGAAAGAAUGUGUUAUACCAGCAGGUUCCUAUCUUGGUUGUAAUUGCACUGAUGCUGUUGGUAAUGAAGUUAACUAUGAUUUGAUUAUGGAUAUGCUUCAAGAUGAUUCAAUUAAAAAGAGUCCAUUAGGAUGGGAUCGUGAUUUACAAUCUCCAUUCUUUAAUUUUAUUGAUCCAUCUACAAAUUCAAAACAUCAAAUGUGGUUUGAUAAUCCAGAGUCAUUAGAAUAUAAAGUUAAAAUGGCUAGAAAAUAUGAAUUAAGGGGUGUUUCUGUAUGGAACAUUGAUCAACUAAAUACCCACAACCAAAAACAAUCAGAUCCAAUGUGGGAAUCUCUUGGUAUAUUUUUUAAAUAAAUUAUUUAAACAAUAAAAAUAAAAAAAAUAAAAAAUAAAAAAUAAAAAAAUAAUUAAUAAAAAAAAAAAACAUUAUAUAAUGUAAUGUAGUUUAUUAUUUGUUUGUUUUGGGAUUUUAG